UUAGUAGUGCGUCAAAGUAUUUUAUAUUUUAUACUCUCUACACUGGUGGAUUUUUAUCUCUCUCACCCCCUAUAGACUUAUAGGCAUAUGUGUAGCUUCUGACGCGAUUUGACACGUCGUCAGAAUGCCAAUAUCAAGGAAACAUGAAAUUUGUAGUCCACCCAUUUUUAAUUUCAUUGAUUUAGAAAACGGAUGAAAUGCGUGUUAUACAGUGUAGAAGAGUUAACAAAAUUAUUCUCCGAUUUUAUCAUUAUUAAUAAUAAUAAUAUUAAUAAUAAUACAACGUACAUUUCUGUCAUCUCAUAGAUUGCAACAUUGAAUAAACAUAUAUACAUAUUUUCAAAUUAAUUACUUCAUCAAUUGAAGGAAGAAAGAAGAAAUAAAAAAAUCAAUUAAAGCUAUGGGUCUUCUACCAUUACUUGAUGCCUCUGAUGUCUUAGUUCUACACUGUCCAUUAUGCUAUUUUCAUACACAUUGGCUGAAUCAGCUAGAAGUACAUUUUAAUCAUGAACAUUCAAAUGAAAAUGUGGAUUUUAUGCUUUAUCAAUGUUCAGUAUGUCGAAAAAUUGCAUCAUGUAAAGCAUUCCUACAUGAACAUAUUGAUAUACGUCAUAAAAAAUGUGUCAAAUCAUCUUUACAACUGUGUAGAACACAAUCACCGAAAGAUACUCAAUCAUCAGAUUGUAUUGUCGCGAAAGAUUCAGAGACAAUUUUGGAUAAUAUAAAUAAUGAAGAUACUGUUGGCACUACAGAUACUACUACUACUAAUACUACCACUAACACUAACGAGGAGAGCAGUAGUAUAAAUAGUGGUACUAACGUCAACAAUGAUCAUGUUUCUAGUCCUAAUAAAGACGAAAAACCAACUGAUGUCAGUUCUACUAACGAUGAAAAGGAUAGUGUCAAUCAAGAAGACAAUGCUGUUGAUAAUGGCGAUGACAAUGAGGAGAAUAGUGAAUCGAACAAUAUCAAUAUCCCUAUAAAUGAUACAAUAAACAGCGAAAAGAUAACUGAAGAACCACUUGUAAACGAUACUAAAACACCGAAAUCAGCAUAUAUAAAAAUUUUAUUUGUAGGCAAAUUAUGCGGUAGUCAUUCGACACUAUCAUCCACCUCCUCAUCCUCAGGGGCAACAAUAACUCCCUCCUCUGUCAGCGCAUCUUCACAGUCUUCUAUUCCAGCAUUAUCUGAUGAUGCCAUUACAAAGUCGAAAUCACAUCCUCAUCAACAUCAUCAUCAAUAUCUUCAUCAAUCACGUCUGUUGAAUACACAAAAACUCAAUGAUUAUCACUUUUUAAAUUCUAUUAAACAUCAAUGUUUAUUCUGUGAUUAUAUAGGCAGUGAUUCAACAAAACUAGCUGAACAUUAUGUUCAACAUGGAAUAAGACAAUUACAAUUACCAAAUAUGGAGAAGAAAUUUCAUAAACUAUCAAAUAAUCAUAUAAUGAAUAUGAAUUCGUUAACAGCCAUGAGUGAAUUAAGAAAAUAUGUAGCAAGUGAAUAUGAUGAAAAUUGUCUACCUGCUGCACUACUAGCACCGGUUAUUACAUCAUCAAAUUCAGAGGAUAAAAAAUCAAUUUUUCAUUUCAAUGACAACGACAAUAAUAGCCGAGAUGGUGAAGAAGAAGAAAGAGGGCGACGACGAAACUGA